AUGUAAAAAAUAUUAAGAACCUUAAAUCCUUUGUAUAGAUUCUCAACAAAAAAGGCCUAGAGAAUUUAAAAUAAAAUCCAGGACGUCAAGGAUCAAGAGUCGACUUCAACCUUAGAGAGUGUGGCUGAAUAGAACACAUUUACUGAUGAAUAAAUGGUCAAGAUUAUUGAAGAUAGAAGGCAAUUUAUUAAGGAAUUGACCCAAGAGACUAAAGCCCCUAGAGAGGUUAAAUAUAUUACAAUUGCUACUUUGAGUCCUUUACUUUUAUUAUCAUCAGCCACAUUAUAUUCGUGUAUAAAUCCAGCCUAUGCAAUCUAUACAGGAUAAUUAAUGCAUGCAACAAUAAAAUAUGCAUCGAUCAAUGUGGCAUUUUAAUCUGGGAUUCAUUGGGGAUUCGCAAUGUCUCAACAUGAAACCUAGUUGGAUUGGCUCAACAGUUCCUCUGAGGCUCGAACCACCUUCUUUUUGGCCUCCAUUCCUAUAAUAGGAGCCAUUCUAAUAUCUUAAUAUUUUUUAUAUGGGAAUAAUGAUAACAUUUAAUCCAUUUCAGCUAUCAUUGGAACUGCUAUCUUGAACCUAAUGGUAACUGGUUUGGACAUUAGAGCAAGAAGUUAUACACCUGGGUGGUUUUUGAAAAAUAAAUUGUUUUAUUCCUUUGGAUUUAAUGUAGCAUUGAUACCAUUAAUAUACUGUGUGUUUCUUUAUGGAGACAAUUUCAAAAAUAAGGAAAGUAUUUAUAGAGUAUAAUGA